AUGCCGGUUUGCGCCCUUCACCUUGUGCAGCUGCACAAUGCAUCUUCAACCGGUGUUGAUGCUUUCCUACACAAGCUCUUCAAUGCUUCUAAUGCAGACUUCACCGUUGUAACCGUCAGCAAAGUUCAAGCGCCCAUCAUCCGACCCACUCUCGUCGACCACAGUAUCCUCAACAACACUCCCUGGACUCUUCUUCUUGUCGUCACCGGAGCUCAUUCACACAUCAUCCCAAGCAACCUCAUGUCCUCCUUCUCAACCCACUAUUCAGUCAUCUCGGGCAUCCCAUCCAGAAUCAUCAACAAUUACACUUCCAUCUCUGAAAACCUCCGCAAGGAAGCACCACAAACACCUCUACUCGAAAUCAAACUUGACUCGAGCAACGACGUUAUCCCUCCUUCCAAGCUUUCCUCUUCACCCACAUUGACGCGAGAAGACGGUCAAGAUCUCAGCCUAUCCCCUGCUCUACUUGGCUUAGCUAAGCGCUUGAAUCAUCAAGUAAAGCACCAUGGGCCGGUGUCAAUGCUGAACCUGCUUCAUUUUCAUACGGAUGCUCGAGCGGUAGAGUCUUACCAUGAGUAUGGGAGACGCUUUGCUAGUGUUGCUGGCAAGCGAGGAGGCAAUGCCAAACUUGUAGGAGUGGUGAUUAGUCCCUUGAAAGAAGGGCAGAAAGAUUCGCGAGGUAGAGCGGAUACACAGAAGCAAGAUUGGUGGAACGAGUGCACGCUAGUGCACUAUCCCAGUAUCAAUCACUUUAUUGAUAUGUCCGUGGAUGAAGAGUAUCAGUUUAUCAACAAAGAGUACCGGUUGAAGGCGAUUAAGGAUACUGCAUUGAUUUGUACCGUUGAGGUUGAUCUCACUCCUUAUCGCACCAAGGGUUCGAAGUUGUAG